UUUCUCCAGCUUGCAGAUGACCGCAUGGCACUGGUAUCAGGUAUCAGUUUAGAUCCUGAAGCAGCUGUCUGUGUAACUAAGAGGUUGCCUCCCAAGUGGAUUGAUGGUAUAGAAGAAAUUCAAUAUGAGAUAUCCAGGAUAAAACAGAAGAUGAAAGAACUAGCCAGUUUGCAUGACAAGCAUUUAAACAGACCGACUUUGGAUGACAGCAGUGAGGAAGAGCAUGCAAUAGAAAUAACCACUCAAGAAAUUACACAGCUAUUUCACAGGUGUCAGAGAGCAGUCCAGGGUUUGCACAACAAGUCUCGAAGCUGUACAAACCAAGAGUGCCGGCUUCUGAAGAACGUUGUGUGUUCCUUAGCUCAGUCUCUACAGGACCUCUCCACCAGCUUUAGGCACGGGCAAUCUGACUAUCUCAAACGCAUGAAAAAUCGAGAAGAAAGAUCCAAACAUUUCUUUGACACCUCAGUCUCCCUCAUGGACGAUGGGGAGGAUACGACACUCUACGAUAGGGGUUUUACAGAUGACCAGUUAGUAUUAGUGGAACAAAACACUAUGUUGGUGGAAGAGCGGGAACGAGAAAUUCGACAAGUUAUUCAGUCCAUUACUGAUCUUAAUGAAAUUUUCAGGGAUUUAGGAGCAAUGGUAGUCGAACAGGGUACUGUACUGGAUAGGAUUGACUACAGUGUUGAACAAUCAUGCAUAAAAACAGAGGAAGGAUUGAAACAGCUACAUAAAGCUGAGCAGUAUCAAAAGAAGAAUCGGAAGAUGCUUAUCAUUUUAAUUUUGUUUGUCAUAGUUAUUGUCCUUAUCAUUGUCCUUAUUGCUGUAAAAUUUCGCUAGGCAAUGU